AUGAAGUUCACCACGGCCAUCAGCUUCGCUUUUGCGGCGGAAGCAGUGAACGCAGCAGCGUUGCAGCCUCGUCACUACACUUUCCCUUCCACUGGUAGCGGAACAUGGUCGACCGUCCGACAGACUGUGAACUUCCAAUCGAACGCCGGGCUCAGUGACGUUACUUCGGAUCAGAUCCGAUGCUACACAAGAUCAGGCCAGACCGCUCCCCAGAUCCAGACGGUUGCUGCAGGUGGUAGCGUUACGUUCACCGCAUCGCCGAACAUUUUCCAUCUGGGUCCGAUCCAGUUUUAUAUGGCUAAGGUGCCGUCUGGUCAGACAGCUGCAACUUGGGAUGGCACUGGCACCGUGUGGUUCAAGACAUACGCUGAGCCAGCUACGGUUGCGAACAAUCAAUUGAGCUGGGCAAGUCUCAACAAGGGUAGCAUUACUGCCAAUAUCCCGAAGAACUUGCCAUCAGGCGACUACCUUUUGAGGAUCGAGCACAUCGCCCUGCACCAGGCGAGCAACGCUGGGGGAGCCCAGUUCUACAUCUCCUGUGCCCAGAUCAGCGUAACUGGGGGAGGCAGUGGAACUCCUUCACCUCUUGUAUCCUUCCCUGGCGCCUACUCAGCCAAUGACCCAGGUAUCAAGGUUAACAUCUACAAUGCGCGAUCAUACACUCCACCCGGUCCGGCUCCGUGGACUGGCUAGAUGUGUGAGAGAGAGCCUCAGGAUAGGCAUGCAUAUAUUUUCCAUCGAGUCGCGAUCGUGGUCGUUAUUAGAUUUUGUUGAAUUGUAGAGACGCGAAGAUAGCUGGGAUUCUCUUGAAAUUUCAUGGCCUGGCUGCACAAUC